AUAGGCAUUUUGAAAUACUUGUGAAGUGUCUGGUAGAAAUGUUUGUGUGAAUAUAAGCUUUGCCAAGGUAAGUUCCAAGACUUGAUACUUGAAGGUUAAUUGGGUUAGAAAAUAAGCAUGAUUUGGCUUCACCAUUUCUCAAGAAGAUAGUUGUUUGUAUGAAAAAUACUUCAAAAACUAUUAACUUUAUGAUAUUGUGAAAAUAUUCACAACAGUUUCAUUGAAGAAUAUACUUGGUUUUUUGAGGCCUGUCACACAGAGCUUCCAUUAACCUGAGGUCCCGAGUCUCCUCACCUGGCAGCUGCUCAGGACUGGAACUAGCCAUUGUCUCUCAAGUGGCAGUCCUCUGGGUGUCCGGGGGCUAAUUUUCCUUUGUGAAAAACUGCAAGAGCUCUCUUCUUCCAUAAACUAGUAUGAUACCCCAGUAGGAAUACUGAAUUUUGAAAUAAAGGCUUGAGUGAGGACAGCUGGAAAGAUGGCAUUGACGGCAAAGCCAGGCAGCAGCUCUGGCAGCUCACGCCCCAGAAGACGCGCCGAGCCCUAGAGAAGAACAAACAUGCAGACAGGGAGGAGAGCCAGUGGGGGCUGGGCCGGGGACUCCCGAGACAAGGGGCCAGGGCCUUCACCUCCUCCCCUAAUGGAAGCUCUGUUGAAGUUUUAAUUUAGGAGAGUUUUUGUGAAAAUGACUAUUUUGUUUAGCUCACAUGAUAACAUUUCUAUAAUAAAUCAUACUCAGCGUGCUAAUGCGCGAAGAGACUGAACUGAAGACGCUGCAGACUCAGAUAGCAAAAUAAUAAGCCUACUUCAUGAUAAGAACCAACUUCUUCUUAAAACAGGGAAGAAGACAGGAGUCCAAAGAGAAAUCCUCUAAGAGACACAAGUCUGAGGAGCACAUGGACAAAGAGCAUUCCUCUGAGAAAGGGAGGGAGCGGCUCAACUCGUCCGAAAACGGGGAGGACAGGCACAGGCGGAAGGAGAGGAAGCCUUCGAGAGGAAGGAGUCACUCCAGGUCCAGGUCACGUGAAAGGCGCCAUCGUAGUAGAAGCAGGGAGAGAAAGAAGUCUCGAUCCAGAAGUAGGGAACGGAAGAAAUCAAGAUCUAGAAGCAGAGACAGGAAGAAGUCGCGAUCCAGAAGCAGGGAAAGAAAGCGACGGGUCAGGUCGCGCUCACGUUCCCGGUCAAGACACCGGCACAGGACUCGGAGCCGGAGCAGGAGCCGGAGCCGGAGCCGAGAUAGAAAGAAGAGAAUUGAGAAACCGAGAAGAUUCAGCAGAAGUCUGAGCCGAACUCCCAGCCCACCUCCCUUCCGAGGCAGAAACACAGCCAUGGAUGCGCAGGAGGCCUUGGCCAGGAGGUUGGAAAGGGCAAAGAAAUUACAAGAACAGCGAGAAAAGGAAAUGGUGGAAAAACAGAAGCAACAGGAAAUUGCUGCAGCGGCUGCUGCAACUGGAGGCUCCGUCCUCAAUGUGGCUGCCCUGUUGGCAUCAGGAACUCAAGUAACCCCUCAGAUAGCGAUGGCAGCACAGAUGGCAGCCCUGCAGGCCAAAGCGCUGGCGGAGACCGGGAUAGCUGUCCCCAGCUACUACAACCCAGCGGCCGUGAACCCCAUGAAGUUUGCCGAACAAGAAAAAAAAAGGAAAAUGCUUUGGCAAGGCAAGAAAGAAGGGGAUAGAUCCCAAUCUGCUGAAAUAUGGGAAAAACUGAAUUUUGGGAACAAGGACCAAAAUGUCAAAUUUAGGAAAUUAAUGGGUAUUAAGAGUGAAGAUGAAGCUGGCUGUAGCUCAGUUGAUGAAGAAAGUUACAAGACAUUGAAGCAGCAGGAAGAAGUGUUUAGAAAUCUAGAUGCUCAGUAUGAAAUGGCAAGAUCACAGACGCACACACAGAGAGGAAUGGGUUUGGGUUUCACAUCUUCGAUGCGAGGAAUGGAUACAGUUUGAGAAGAUCACACUUGUAACCUUUGGGACUUUAUAGACUCGGUCUGAAUGUCAGGUCCUUGUUCACCAAACAGCUAGCAUUCUAGCUUGCAUGGGUGUUGCAUUGACUUUAAUUUAUUGAAAAAUACGAUUUUGUUUGUAAAUAUCAGAUCCGUGAUACUGGUGUUAGUGUUGUAAUCAGGUUAAACCCACUUCCAUUAUACUUGACAGGAAUAUAGGAGGACAAUAUUUUUUAGUUCAUGAAUUCUACUUUUCAAAUAUAUAAAAGCUGCAGGUGAGAUAAAAUCUCAUACAUAGAUUUUUUUCGUGUCCACUGUCUUGUGUACUUUUGUACUUAACCUUGUACAGUUAUUUUCAUCUCUUGAAACAUGAAAGAAAUGUUACAUAGAUGUUUAGAAGAUCGGCCAUUUGGUACAAAAUCCAGCACAACAAAGCUGGGUGUGAUGAUAAUAAAAAUGGUUUUCUCAAAACUGGUGUUAAUUUAAGUCACCUGGAAUUCUUUGAAUUUAUUUUAUGAUUUCUGUAGCAUCUUGCGAUUGCUAUUAGUAAACACUGGCUAAAAACUUUUUUAAAAAAAACAGUUAAGUAUGCUACAGGCAGCACCUUGGUUAGCAGCAAUGUCCAAGUAAGGAGGGAGAGAAUGCAUCUGAAAGGAACACUGUUCCUGCUCCUGCAAGGGCAGAGUUGGUGUACAGUACUUGUCAAAUAUUCCAUGUUAUUCAGGAAAUAGCUUAAUGCAUUAAAGGGAUGUACGCACUUUUAUUUUAAUAAAGUGCCUUAUAA